AUUCAUUAAACCAUCAAAGUUUCAAACUAGCAACCUAGCACCAAACUACAUUUGAAGUACUUGUUUCUAGUACCUUUUGUCUGUUGAAACUUAAAGGAAAAACAUGGAGUUUGUUUCUAUGUUUUGCUUAUCUGCUAUUGUUUCUUUCUCUCUUCUUCUUAUCCAUUCAAUCUUCAAGUUCUUGGCUUUUGCUGCCAAGAAAUUGCCUCUUCCUCCUGGCACUUUGGGUUGGCCUUAUAUUGGAGAAACUUUUCAACUUUACUCUCAAAAUCCCAAUGUUUUCUUUGCCUCAAAAGUCAAAAAGUAUGGUUCAAUAUUCAAGACUCACAUAUUGGGUUGUAAUUGUGUGAUGAUAUCAAGUCCUGAAGCAGCUAAACAAGUUUUAGUCACAAGAGCUAACUUAUUUAAGCCUACAUUUCCAGCUAGUAAAGAAAGAAUGUUGGGAAAACAAGCAAUUUUCUUUCAUCAAGGUGAUUACCAUGCUAAGUUGAGGAAAUUAGUCCUUCGUGCUUUCACGCCCGAAUCGAUCAGAAACAUUGUCCCAGAUAUCGAAUCCAUCGUCGAAAGUACGCUCGAAUCGUUCGAAGGAAGAUUGAUUAACACUUAUCAAGAAAUGAAGACAUAUACAUUCAAUGUUGCAUUGAUUUCAAUAUUUGGAAAAGAUGAAAUCCUAUACAGAGAAGAUCUAAAGAGGUGUUAUUACAUUCUAGAAAAAGGGUAUAAUUCAAUGCCAAUCAAUCUUCCUGGUACAUUAUUCAAUAAAGCAAUGAAAGCAAGGAAAGAAUUAGCAAAAAUUGUGGCAAAAAUCAUCUCAACUAGAAGGGAAAUGAAGAUCAAUCAUACCGAUUUACUUGGUUCUUUUAUGGGAGAUAAAGGACUCACUGACGAACAAAUUGCAGAUAAUAUCAUUGGUGUGAUUUUCGCAGCUAGAGACACUACUGCUAGUGUUCUUACAUGGAUCCUUAAAUAUCUUGGAGAAAACCCUAGUGUCCUACAUGCUGUCACAGAAGAACAAGAGACUAUAAUGAGAAAUAAAGAAGAGAAUGGUGAAGAAAAAGUUCUAAAUUGGGCAGAUACUAAAAAUAUGCCUUUAACUACAAGAGUAAUUCAAGAAACACUCAGAGUUGCUUCUAUCUUAUCUUUUACUUUUAGAGAAGCUGUUGAAGAUGUUGAAUUUGAAGGAUAUUUAAUACCUAAAGGAUGGAAAGUACUACCACUCUUUAGAAACAUUCACCACAGCCCAGACAAUUUUCCUGAGCCAGAGAAAUUUGAUCCUUCAAGAUUUGAGGUGUCACCAAAGCCCAAUACUUUCAUGCCAUUUGGCAAUGGGGUCCACUCAUGUCCAGGGAAUGAAUUAGCCAAGAUGGAGAUUUUGGUUCUUGUACAUCAUCUGACCACAAAGUACAGGUGGUCUAUGAUGGGCCCACAAAAUGGAAUUCAGUAUGGGCCAUUUGCUCUUCCCCAAAAUGGUCUGCCCAUUAAGCUAUAUCCCAAGAAUUCAUCACCAUACGUCUAAUAAGGAGUGAGAUAAAAACUUCAUUCCCAAAAAAAAAAAUUGGAACAAGAAGAAAAAGGAGGAGAAGAUAAAAUGAAGAUGAAGAAACCACAAAUGGGGUUUCCCUCAAGGAAUAUGAAAAUAAAAAUAUUAAACAAAAAUAAGUUCAGGAUCAGGGGCGGAGGUAGAGUUUCGACUACGCGUUGGACCGAAUUCAAAAAUUUUGGUCUGAACUUUAUAUUUAUCUUAAGAAAAAGAUAUUCAAGGCCUCACUGAUGUCGGUAUUGCAUGAGCUUGACCAUUCCAAAGGAUACGGCCAAGUUCAAGACGAACACAAUCUUGAUAUGUUCAGGGACCUAAAAUUGUAAAUACAGAGUAGCUUCACAGAAAGUCAAAACACAAGAGGGUCUGAUUCAUUUUCCUUGAAGAAAAGGAGAAACUUAGGCCUUAGGGAGAAGGUAAUUAAUUAGUGUACCAUAGUAAGAGGUUUUUUUAAAAAAUAUUUCUUUAAAUAUUUAUUUGGGUUAAUUUUUAUUGAAUUCUGACAUGUAAAAAAGUCCGCAAGGCAAUUAAUGAAAGUCUGAUUAAGACAGCACAUAGUUCUGUCAAUUUCUCAA